GUAAUCACGUAACACCAGAUGGGCCGUGAGGUCGUCCACACGUCUAAGAAAUAAAAAAAUUUUUUUUUUUUUUACUGAUCUCUAAAAAGAUUCAAACCCGUUCUCACCAAUGAGUAAAUCUAUUAAAACAAUGAAGAUAGUAAAUGACGUGGUUUCCCAAGGCCUAUAAUUACUAUAAAAGAAGAACAGAAAAAACUAUAUCACAGUCAGAUAUAAAAUACCUAGUAAUCAAACCGCGUUUUAAUCAAAAUUGUUUAACAAUAAAUCAUCGAAAUGUUAAAAGUAUUUAUUGUAACUUUUUUUGCUUUUCAACUCAGCGCUAGUUCAAACGGACAAAGGGUCGCAGUGCCCUUUCCUAAGGAUAAAACGAUAAUAAUCGUGGAGGCCAUGAAAAGCUGUAUCGCGAAGACAGGAGCGAAUCCGAACUUUAUAGAUGUGAUCAGAAGCGGCAAGGUAUCUGAAGAUGAAAAAUUCAAAGAAUUCUAUUACUGCACUUGCAAUGAUACAGGGUUUGUAAAUCCUGACGGACACAUAAAGGUUAAAGAGUGUAUUGAGCUCUUCCCAAAAGAAACACAGCCACUGGUCGAACCUGUCAUUAAGAAUUGUGACAAAGAAGAAGGGGUCAAUAAAUACGAUACACUUUUCAAAUUUUUAAAGUGCUUUCAAGAAACGUCUCCAGUUCGUGUUGCGCUAGCAUAAAUCUUAAAAUUUUCUAAAUUUGUGGAUUCCUUUUAAAAUAUAUCUAAUUAUGGCCUGUUUAAUUUAUGAAUAAUUGCAAUAAUUUAUUAGAGCCAAAACACAAAAUAAAAGCAUUACUUUCA